UAACCUUAACCACUUUGUUAUGCUAAUGGCCCCUGACAUCAGCGCGAGAUCAAAGUGGCGCGAGGACUCAUAUAGUCUCGACCUCCGCGUGCACCGUCAGUCCAGCAGAUUCCAGCGCGCGAGCAGCACAGCACAGACACUUCUCUUUAUCACUGGACUGUUGCGUGAUGCUUUCUCACUCGGACUACACAAAAAAGGAUUAACUGCAGAAGUUUGGCUGGAUUUAAAUAAAACGCACUUUUGGAUUACUUUGCACAAUCGGCAUUUUUUUUACGUCAGCCUCUGUUUGAUAAAGGAGAGGGACAGAAGGAAGGAACAAGUGUCAUGGCUUUUGGCAUUUAAUUAUAAUUGUGUCAAAAAGCAGUGGGGUCAGCGAGCACCUGCGUCAGUGUCUUCUGAUCGAGCUGGAUCUUAUUGUACAGCAUGAAGCGAACCUUCCCUUCACUCCCGCUAUGUCUUCUCACAUUCCUGCUCCUGUCUCAGCAGUGCACAGGAAUCAAAUGGCUGGCACUAUCACAGACCACACAACACAUCAACAAGACCCAGCACUGCAAGACUUUGCCAGGCCUCGUCUCCUCUCAGGCUCAGCUCUGUAGGAGUAACCUGGAACUCAUGCAAACCAUCAUCCAAGCAGCACGGGAGGUUAAAAAGGUCUGCCAAAAGACCUUCGCAGACAUGCGCUGGAACUGUUCCUCUAUUGAUACUCCGAAAUUCCUCCCGGACCUGGAACGAGGAACAAGGGAAUCUGCAUUUGUAUACGCUCUCUCUGCAGCCGCUAUAAGUCACACUAUAGCACGGGCGUGCACCUCGGGAGACCUGAGGUUGUGCUCGUGUGGUCCGAUUCCUGGUGAAAUACCAGAGCCUGGGUACAGGUGGGGCGGCUGUGCUGAUAACCUGCAUUAUGGCCUCCUUAUGGGUUCCAAGUUUUCUGAUGCACCCAUGAAGUUUAAGAAGAAGUCUGGAACGCAUGCCAACAAGCUGAUGCAUCUUCACAAUAGCGAAGUGGGCAGACAGGCUUUGCGCGACGCUCUGGUCAUGAAAUGCAAAUGCCACGGUGUUUCUGGAUCCUGCUCCAUUCGGACCUGUUGGAGAGGCUUACAGGACCUGAAAGACAUCGCAAUGGAUCUGAAGACCAAGUACUUGUCAGCCACUAAGGUGGUCCAUCGGCCCAUGGGCACACGCAAGCAACUCGUCCCCAAAGACAUCGACAUCAGGCCAGUCCGAGAGAACGAGCUGGUUUAUCUUCAGAGUUCACCAGACUUUUGCAUGAGGAAUGACAAGAUGGGCUCUUUUGGUACUCAGGACAGGCAGUGCAACAAGACCUCCAGCGGCAGUGACAGCUGUGAUCUGAUGUGCUGUGGCAGAGGCUACAACCCUUAUUCAGAGAGAGUGGUGGAGCGCUGCCACUGCAAAUACCACUGGUGCUGCUACGUCACAUGCAAAAAGUGCGAGAGGACUGUGGAGAAAUAUGUGUGCAAAUGAGUCUGCUAUCCAUCUCUGCGGUCUGCUCCGAUAAUUGUGCUGACCCCCAUCACACGUACCUAUUCUCAGCUAAAGUAAUCUACAGAAGAUCUGGAAUGCGCUCUACUCAUUUGAACAGAACCGGACUGAAUUCUCAUUCGAAUUCCCAGACAAGCUGAAAAUGUCAAGACUUGAUUCUGUUCUAGAUAUAUUCAGCCUGGGUGUGGAGCAUAACCUUUGUCAACCUGACAUACUAGGCCACAGAUAACCAAAGCAUGCUACCAACGAGGCUUACUUUUGUCUUAUGCUUUUCCAGCUUGUAUGCUUUUGAGAAGACAUGGUUUAUUUUUGGCUAUAUGGACUUUUAUUAAGAAAUAUCAACUCAGAAGCUGGACUUUAUUUUUUUAGUGCACAAAUGAACAUGGUUUUUUGUUAAAAACACCCGUCCUUUUUAAACAGAAUAUGCUCCUUAAUCCAGAUUUUAAGUCUAUUUUCUUACACAGUACCCGGGUCCCUUGUUUAAUUUUGUUAAAAGGUACAUUUUCCCUAUUUUUGACAAGGCGUUGAUUUCAAGCACUCUUUUUAGAACCUUCGGAAUUGCUUGACGUUCCAGAGGAUUCCACAUUCCAAGUUCUAAGGGAUACAGGCCUCAAAACUCAGAUGGUACUUUACUUUCACCAGUUAAGACUGUUUAAGAGACUGACGAGAUGAAGAAAGUGCUGAACACGCAAAGGGAACUUCAAAUGCGGCUCUUGGAUGAGGAACUUUGCAAUGGCUUCCAUCUGUUGGUUGGUUACUUCAAUUCUAGAGGAAGAAUACCUGUAGCCUAUUUAUUCCACGUAUAUCAGCAAGGACAUUGGACUAUAUGUGUUGUGCCUUGUUAUAUUUUUACCCAACAUAAAAAAAAUGCUGACAUUCAAAUGCCAAACCUCUCUGAGCAUGUGAACAGAGUAUGUGGGUCACCCAUUACGGCCUUAGUGGACCACUUAUCUGUGGAUGUACAUACUGUCAUUUUGUAUGCUGAAUUUAAAAAAAAAAAGAAAUAUUUAUAAACUAAUUAAAAA